AUGUUUUGCAGCGCUACCUUAUCCGCUCCGAACGCUCAUGGAAUUCAUCUGGAUUUCGAUGAUAUUGCCUUGGAAUAUAACCACCGAUACCUUUUCGACUAUCUAUUAAUCUUUGACGGUCCGGAUUGUUUGGCACCACGGCUUGCAGUUGCCUAUGGCCAAACCUACAAUACGACACUUAGCUCUCCGCGAAACAGAGUGUCAUUGUUAUUCAUCAGCGAUUACGCAGUACAGAAUGCUGGUUUUAAUCUCAUUUACAGGCCAGAAACAGUGCAGGAUCAAUGGAAAAGGAAUAACGAAAUCGAACCUAAUUAUCGGCACAUACUAAACAAUUGCGGAAAGGAGUUGAAUGAAAGCUCAUCCAAUAUCAUUUCUUGGAGAGGACGCGAUGAAGCAAACACCUUAUGUAUCUGGAAGAUCACAAAUAACUUUGGAGGCACAAUUACACUGGAGAUUAAAGAAUUGAAGUUCAAAACGCUUUCGGGAUCCCUACGAAUUUUGGAUGGAAGUGAUUGUGGUGCCGAAGUCAUUAAUAUUUUUGGGCAGAACACACCUUCCGUCAAUCGAACAAUUUGUGGCUCUUCAAACGCGAUGACUGUUGUACUCUCAGCACCAGGUGAACAGGGAAGUAUAUUCAAUGCUACAUUAACAUUCGGUAAGUAG